AUGAAAUCCUUCUCAUUAUUACCAAGUGAAUUACUUGAUCUGGUCGCUAGCUAUGUGUUUUUCUACAAUACUCGAGACCACCAGUGCUUGAAUGUUUGCAGCAGUUGGUACACAUCCUUCCAGCCGUCUCUUUAUCGCAACAUUCGCAUCAAGCAUCGUCGACAGUUCAAACAGCUUGUGUCAAGUAUUCAUCGCAAUCCAGAGAUCAGCCUGUUUGUUCGACAUGUGUAUAUACAAGAUCAAGUAGGUCUAUCUAGAGAUGAAAUGGAAUUGCUACCGCUCCUGUUUCCUCUGCUGGAAUCACUGUAUUUCAACCCCAAAUUGUGGAAAUAUCAACGCCCUAUAGAGAGGAGAGAGAUUGCAUGGGACAGACUGAGUUCUCUGCCGCCACUGGAUCGCUACAACACAACGCUGCCACUCAUUCAGUCAUUUGGAUCUUCCCUACAAGAACUUGUCCUGAUGGGCGGUAUUGUCAAUCCACUGCAACGGAUGCGGAUUCCAGAAAAGAAGACAUCCGUGUUGCUUGGUCUGCUGGGUUUUACACCUCAAUUGCGACGUCUCACACUGCAUGGAAGGGAUAAGCUGAAUAUCAGAUCACUACGAGAUGCACAAAGAGCAGAAUUCUCAUUACACGAUAUCCUUCAGCUCCAUGCAUCGUUACCCUGUCUCAACUCAUUGUCAUUGUCGGAUGUCGCCCUUUCAAUGCUCACUGAACAGGUACCAAUCACUAUUCCAGCAACUCAAAUGCGUCAAUUGCAUGUGCAGGGUCGACUCGCUGACUACCGCUGGAUUGGACAUGUUGUCGAGCUGUAUCCACACUUGACAGAUUUGGACCUAGAUGUGAACUGGGAUGCAUCGUAUAAACAGACAUUGACGUGGAUGGACAUUGGCCCCAUUCAGGCAUGUCUCUUCAAAGUGGCUCAUCUCACUUCAUUAGAACGCAUCCACCUGGGCCAGAUUGAGUCUGUACUGAAAUCCUCAGCUGGCAGCAGGUUCUUUGAUCAACUGUCCAAGGUAACCCGUACAGGGUUGGUCUCACUCGACACUACGUUCAAUGGGAGGAACUUCUGUGGCGUGGCUGCUGCCAAUGCAUUCAGGUCAUUCAUGGCAUGUACCCAUCCUGAUGUCACUGAGACGCUCAAGGUGCAGCUAUGGCGUGAUUUAGGAGACGUUGAGAAUGUAAUGCGAUCCAUUGGACUCUGUACAAGGCUGACUGAAUUGGAAUUGCACUGUGGAAAAUUCUCGUAUUCUUGGUCUUAUGGCUGUGAUAUUGAUGUCAUUCUGGAUUUCUGUCCUCAAUUGGAAAUACUCUGUCUUGAUAUGGCUCGACUAACGUUCAAAUCCAAGGACAACAACUACAAUAAGGGCCCUCAUAUCAAGACGGUUCGCCUGCUGCAGACGCAUUUCUCCACAGAAGCCAUGGAUGUGCUCGCUGAAUGCUGUCCCAACAUGGAGCAUUUGGAGUUGACCAGCUGCAUCAAGGACAGAGACGCCCUAUCGCACAAGAUCCAUCUCAACCUGCCACACCAGCACCUCAAGACGCUGAGCGUCCAACAUCUGCAUCUUCGACCCAGCAGUUACAUUGAAAAAAGUAGUAUCGAUGCAGCGUUGAUCGCUGUCAAUUAUACAGAUCGCAGCAAGCACAACUCGUCGAGGAAAUCAAAUCAAUUGAACCAACGAUGGUACCAUUUAUACUGCCAAAAGACCAAGGCUGGACAUUGCCGUCAAAUGCGAAGAUUAAAGUUCCUGGAAUCACUCAAGGUGCAAGACUACCUGAUGAAGGACAAGGAUUGGGAUUACCUGGAGGAGAAUUCGAUUAGAGGGACUUACCGAGAAGCGAAAUACUGGGAUAGUGAUAUACCUUAUGGCUAUUUGCAGGUCGAUUGCCGCUACAUUGACACAUUUGUAUUCAAUAGAGUCAAGCUGUAG